UCAUUGCUCCGGUUCCUCGCUGCCUGCUGGGGAAAACGUGGACACCUCUGAGCCUCACCGUCUUCAGUUGACAGUUUGCAGAGGAUCUAUGACCACAACAACUUCGAACAACUGACCUGUCGAAGAAUGGAGUACAUGCAAGCUCCUGCCACAAGCAGCCAGGGGAACAUCCUGUGCUGUACCUGUGGCAUCCCAAUUCCUCCCAAUCCAGCUAACAUGUGUGUAGCCUGCCUGCGUACGCAGGUCGACAUCUCAGAGGGAAUUCCUAAGCAAGUCACGGUGCAUUUCUGCAAGCAGUGUGAGAGGUACUUGCAGCCUCCAGCCAGCUGGGUGCAGUGUGCCCUGGAGUCCAGGGAACUCCUGACACUGUGCCUGAAAAAGAUCAAGAGCUCUAUGAGCAAAGUGCGUCUUAUUGACGCUGGCUUCCUGUGGACAGAACCUCACUCCAAACGGAUUAAGCUGAAACUCACCAUUCAGAAAGAGGUGAUGAAUGGUGCAAUCCUACAGCAGGUGUUUGUGGUUGAGUAUGUCAUCCAGUCACAGAUGUGUGACGACUGCCAUCGCGUGGAAGCCAAAGACUUCUGGAAGGCCGUGGUGCAAGUGAGACAGAAGACUGUUCAUAAAAAGACCUUCUACUAUCUAGAGCAGCUGAUCCUCAAACAUAAGCUCCACCAGAAUGCCCUCAACAUCAAAGAAAUCCACGAUGGGAUUGAUUUCUACUAUGGCUCCAAGCAGCAUGCUCAGAAGAUGGUGGACUUCCUCCAGUGCACCGUACCCUGCAGGUCAAAGACAUCCCAACGCCUCAUCUCUCAUGACAUCCAUUCAAAUACGUUCAACUACAAGAGCACCUACUCCAUGGAGAUCGUACCUGUCUGCAAGGACAAUGUCGUUUGUCUCUCGCCACGUUUGGCACAGAGCUUGGGGAACAUGGGUCAAGUCUGUGUGUGCGUCCGUGUCACCAGCACGAUCCACCUCAUUGAUCCAAACACCCUGCAGAUUGCUGAGGUCGAUGGGAACACGUACUGGCGCAACCCCUUCAACAGUCUCUGUCACCCACGGCAACUGGAGGAGUUCAUUGUCAUGGACACUGACAUCAUAAGAGAUCAGAAGCUGGGAGCUGGAGCAGGCUUGAGGUCCAAUAAGCACACUCUGGCUGAGGUGUGGGUUCAGAAAACAUCAGAGCUGGACACCAGUCAGCAGUAUCACUGCCGGACAUUCCUGGGCCACCUGCUCAACAUCGGAGACCUGGUGUUGGGGUUUGAUUUUGCCAAUGCCAACAUCAACGAUGAGAGUCUGAAUAAGAUGAACCCUCACCAUGUUCCUGACGUGGUGCUGAUCAAGAAGAGCUACGACCGCAGCAGGAGGGUGAAGCGCAGGAACUGGAAGCUGCACGAGAUGUCCAGAGACCGAGAUGGCCUGGACACGGAUGAUGAGAGACAAUACCAGGACUUCCUGGAAGACCUGGAGGAGGAUGAGGCUCUGAGGAAGAAUGUCAACAUCUACAGAGAUGCAUCAAAGAUCCCGGUGGAGAGCGACACUGAUGAUGACGGAGCACCUUGCAUCUCCCUGAUGGAGAUGCUGGAGGAGCUAAGUCUGUCCGAUGCCACGGGAGGAGAGGGUGCCGACAUGAUGACAGAGUGACGAGGCGACAUCCUGCCUCUGUGGCACUGAGCGCUGAUCUGUACAAACAAAGAUCCACUGAUGACACAAUGAUACAGUUUCCAUGCUUGAAUCCGACAGGUUUAGCAGUGUUUUAACCAUUUAGAGAAAAAUCCACAGCUCAUCAGAGCUGAAAAUCUUUCAUCUGUGGAUUAAAAUGGUAACAAAUACCUUUCCUCCAUGAAACUAUCGGACCUGUAAACUAAAGAUUUUCAGCUAUUUCUAAUAAUGUUAUACCCUUCAUCAUGAUGUAGAAAUGCAGUGCUCAUAGGUCACUAUAUCAAAAAUAAAUAUGUCAUGCUCAGUUUUCAGAGAUA